GCCGAGCGCGGGCGGUGAUUGGUCGGCGCGGGAGGUAUUUGUAAGGUCUCGGGCUGCUGAGGACCGCCGGCCUCUUUCUCCGCGCGGAUCUCGUUGGAAGAAGGACGCAUAACACAGCACCGGCAGCAUGGGGAAAGCAUUCGAUCCUGUAAGUUUCAUGAAGGAUUUCGCCGCUGGUGGCAUUGCCGCGGCGAUCUCCAAGACUGCUGUGGCGCCCAUCGAGCGAGUCAAGCUGCUGCUGCAGGUGCAGGCCGCGUCCAAACAGAUCACCGCCGACAAGGCUUACAAGGGCAUGGUCGAUUGCUUUGUGAGGAUCCCGAAAGAGCAGGGCGUGUUGGCAUACUGGCGUGGUAACCUGGCCAACGUGAUCCGUUACUUCCCCACCCAGGCCCUCAACUUCGCCUUCAAGGACAAGUACAAGCAGAUCUUCCUUGGUGGUGUUGACAAGAGGACACAGUUCUGGAGGUUCUUCGUCGGUAACCUUGCCUCUGGUGGUGCUGCUGGUGCCACCUCCCUCUGCUUCGUCUACCCUCUUGACUUCGCCCGAACCAGGUUGGCCGCCGAUAUCGGCAAGGGCCCUGAACAGCGUGAAUUCAAGGGUCUGGGCGAUUGCCUGGCGAAGAUCUUCAAGGCUGAUGGCCCCAUUGGUCUGUACCGUGGCUUUGGAGUGUCUGUCCAGGGUAUCAUCAUCUACCGUGCAGCCUUCUUCGGCUUCUAUGACACUGCCAAGGGCAUGUUGCCUGAUCCUAAGGCUGCUGGCAUCAUCGUCUCCUGGUUGAUUGCCCAGACCGUGACCACAAUCUCCGGUAUCAUCUCCUAUCCCUUCGACACCGUGCGUAGGCGCAUGAUGAUGCAGUCUGGACGCAAGUCAGGCGAGAUCAUGUACAAGAACACCUUGGACUGCUGGAGGAAGAUUGCCAAGCAGGAGGGUACCGGUGCCUUCUUCAAGGGCGCAUUCUCCAACGUAUUGCGAGGCACAGGUGGUGCUUUGGUGCUGGUGUUGUACGAUGAGAUCCAGGUUCUGCUGUUCGGCAGCAAGUCUGGUGGCGGAGAGUAAGCAAUGGCUGCCGGCAUGACACUCAACCAGAAUGCUAGAGGAGCCACACAGAGGUUGCGGGGAAAGUUAAGUCAGGGGCAGGGUGUGUACAAAUAGUUGCUGUGGCCCAGGGCUCAACCUCCGUGUGUAUAGUUGAUAGUUCUGUGAACUAUACUUUCCUCUGUCCAGAAAAUAGAUCUUCUGAAUCAUGGCUCGUGUUCAUGUUUUAUAUUCAGUUAAACCCCUUUGAAACGGGAUCCUAGGGUAUAUAGUUUGUACAGAAUCAUGAUCAAUGCAUAAAGCCUCAUCAUAAUUUUCAAUGGCAAAACCAUUCCUGUAAAAUUAUAAGUUCAAUAAAAAUUGUAAACUUGAAAA